GGAGGAGAACAUUGCUAUUAUCAGGGAGAAAUUCGAGGAAAUCCUGUAUCAUUUGUUGCCUUGUCAACAUGCCAUGGAUUACAUGGGAUGUUCUAUGAUGGAAAUCAUACUUACCUUAUUGAGCCAGAUGAAAACUACACUUCAGAUGAUGACUUCUAUUUCCACUCUGUUUACAAAUCCAAGUUGUUUCAGUUUCCUUUGGAUGACCUGCCAUCUGAGUUUUCACAAAUGAAUACCACGUCACAGAUGUUUGUUGUAAAGCCAAGACACAAAAGAAGUAAAAGGCAGGUUCGUCAGAUUCCACGUAAAGUUGAAGAGGAAACAAAAUACAUUGAGUUAAUGAUUGUAAAUGAUCAUCUAAUGUGUAAAAAGCACCGCCUGUCAGUUGGCCAUACAAACAGCUAUGCUAAAUCAGUGGUGAACAUGGCAGAUUUAAUAUAUAAAGAACAACUUAACACCAGGAUAGUGUUGGUUGCCAUGGAAACCUGGGCUACUGAUAACAAGUUCACCAUAUCUGAAAAUCCCUUGGUGACCCUACGUGAGUUUAUGAAAUAUAGGAGGGAUUUUAUCAGAGAGAAAAGUGACGCAGUUCACCUUUUUUCGGGGAGUCGGUUUCAGAGCAGUCGAAGUGGUAUAGCCCACACUGGUGGAAUCUGCUCCUUGCUUAAAGGCGGUGGUGUGAAUGAGUUUGGAAAGCCAGACUUAAUGGCAGUUACCCUGGCACAGACCUUGGCCCAAAACAUUGGCAUUUUCUCAGACAGAAGAAAACUUAUAAGUGGUGAGUGUAAGUGUGAGGACACGUGGUCUGGAUGCAUAAUGGGAGACACAGGGUAUUAUCUUCCAAGCAAAUUCUCCAAAUGUGAUAUUGAAGAGUAUCAUGAAUUUUUAAACAGUGGAGGUGGAGCCUGUCUUUUCAAUAAACCAACCAAACUUCUGGAUCCGCCAGAAUGUGGCAAUGGCUUUGUGGAAGAUGGAGAGGAGUGUGACUGUGGGUCAAUAGCGGAGUGUGCCAGCGAGGGAGGAGAGUGCUGCAGUACUUGCACCCUGACGGCAGGCUCCCAGUGCAGCAACGGGCUUUGCUGUCGCAAGUGCCGGUUUGAACCUAAAGGAGUUUUGUGCCGAGAAGCAGUGAAUGAUUGUGAUAUUGCAGAAAACUGCACAGGAGAUUCUAGUCAGUGUUCUCCCAAUAUUCAUAAAAUGGAUGGCUAUUCGUGUGAUAACAAGCAGGGUAUUUGUUUUGGAGGAAGAUGUAAAACCAGGGACCGCCAGUGUAAAUAUAUCUGGGGUGAAAAAGUGACAGCUGCUGACAGGUACUGCUAUGAAAAGCUGAAUAUUGAAGGGACUGAGAAGGGAAACUGUGGAAGAGAUAAGGACUCUUGGAUACAGUGCAAUAAACAAGACGUGCUUUGUGGUUACCUUUUGUGCUCCAAUAUAUCCAGUGUGCCUAGACUUGGAGAACUUGAUGGUGAAAUCACAUCAUCAGUUCUGCAGUUUGGAAAAGUCUACAACUGCAGCGGUGGCCACGUGAAGCUGGAUGAGGAGACAGACCUGGGCUAUGUGGAGAACGGGACGCCGUGCGGGCCGAACAUGGUGUGCCUUGAGCACCGUUGCCUCCCCGCCGAGGCCUUCAACUUCAGCACCUGCCCAGGCACCGCGGGCGGCCAGAUUUGUUCAGGACACGGUGUUUGUAGCAAUGAAAUAAAGUGUGUCUGUGACCGAUUCUGGGGAGGAGAUGACUGCAGUUCUCGUAUAAAAGAUGAUAUAUUUUUUGGUAAAGAUGGCAUCAAUAGAGGUGUUGUUAGCACAAAUAUAAUAAUAGGGGCUAUUGCUGGCACCAUUUUAGUGCUGGCUCUCGUUUUAGGAAUAACUGGUUGGGGUUACAAAAACUACAGAAGACAGAGACAAAUACCCCAGGGAGAUUAUGUAAAAAAGCCUGGAGAGGCCGACUCUUUUUAUAGCGACAUGCCUCCGGGAGUCAGCACAAACUCUGCAUCUAGUUCUAAGAAGAGGUCAAAUGGAUUGUCUCAUUCCUGGAGUGAAAGGAUCCCAGACACAAAACAUAUUUCAGACAUUUGUGAAAAUGGGAGGCCUAGGAGUAAUUCUUGGCAAGGUAAUAUAGGAGGAAACAGAAAGAAAGUCAGAGGCAAAAGAUUUAGGCCUCGGUCUAAUUCAACUGAGACACUGUCUCCUGCAAAGUCUCCAUCUUCAUCCACUGGAUCUAUUGCUUCCAGCAGAAAAUACCCUUACCCAAUGCCACCACUUCCUGAUGAGGAGAAAAAAGCCAACAGGCAAAGUGCCAGGCUAUGGGAGACGUCCAUUUAGCUUCACUCUUUUCCUGGAGUGACAUCGGAACUGUUUACUGUGGAGUUUAGAGGAACUCAGCAUCACUGAGUCACUGCACAUUCAUCUGCUCUUCAGACAAUUCAACAGAUCAACAGAGAAGCCUGUGAUCACAGUGAGAACCUCUUCUCAUCUGGAAGGGAAAAAAGCAGUCUUUUUUUUUCUUUCUUUCUUUUUUUUGUUGACUAGUAUUUUAUGGAUCUGAUGAACAACCAAAAUGAUAGCAAUUAAUGGGGGAUAAUUAGUCCGGAUGUGGCAAGGCUAUUCCACAUGAUGGCAGACACGCUUGCCUAGAAUCCCCACUGAAGUCUCUUUGCCAGGCCCAGGUAAGAGAGGUUUUCCUCUGGUUUAUGGCAGUCCCAUGCCAGACCAGAGCGGAACUGGGAACCUGCCUCCUGGAGAGCCCAGCCGACCUAAACUUGUACACUGUAUGCAUGAACCUUGUGUUCUUUACUUUACACGUGUAAGGGAUAAACAACAUACUGUAGUAGAAAUUAGCAUGCAGGAGUAAGAAAUAUAGGAUUCUUUUGUGGCAGGAUUUCAAGCUUUGAAAGACAACUACUUGGCACAAAUGUCAAACAAACAAGAUUAUACCUUUUUUUUACCUUACAUGUUUAUAAUCUCAGUAUACAGAUUGUAUAUAUGUAAACAUUUGAUAACGUCAAAAAUAGCUGUUAUACAUAAGUGUAUUUUGCCAAAUGCCUAAAGAAACAGUCAUGACUAACAUCAUCACACUUCAAAUUUUCUAAUAUUACAAGCAGACAUCUUUGGAAAUAC